CCGCGCGCGGGGGCCCGGCCACUUGGAGCAGCUCUGCCGCGGGGACUGCACUGUCUGCCCUGCCAGACCCGCCCCGACUGGGGCUCGCUGUCGCCAGCAGUCACAGCACUGCGACCUCGGGCCCUACUCCGGCUAUGGCUGCGUCCUGGGGCUGAGCCCGCAGGUUGUGUGACCGAGAUUCCAGAAAAAAGAGAGACUGAUACAGGAAGAGAAGAAGGAGGGGCGGGCUCCUGGCAAGGCAUUUGUUCCUGAAUAGAGUCCUGCAAAGAUGGAAAAGGAGGAGGAGGCAACCCGGGAGCUGCUGCUGCCUAACUGGCAGGGCAGCGGCUCCCAUGGGCUGACCAUUGCCCAGAGGGACGACGGAGUCUUUGUACAGGAGGUGAUGCAGAACUCCCCUGCGGCCCGCACUGGAGUGGUCAAGGAGGGGGACCAGAUUGUGGGUGCCACCAUCUACUUUGACAAUCUGCAAUCCGGUGAGGUGACCCAGUUGCUGAACACCAUGGGGCAUCACACUGUUGGCUUGAAGUUGCACCGUAAGGGGGACCGUUCCCCCGAGCCUGGACAGACCUGGACCCAUGAAGUCUUCAGCUCCCGUAGCUCUGAGGUGGUUCUGAGUGGAGAUGAUGAGGACUACCAGCGCAUCUACACCACAAAGAUCAAGCCACGCCUGAAGUCUGAGGAUGGAGUAGAAGGGGACCUUGGGGAGACCCAGAGCCGUACCAUCACAGUGACCAGAAGGGUCACAGCCUACACUGUGGAUGUGACCGGUCGAGAAGGAGUGAAGGACAUUGACAUCAGCAGCCCUGAGUUCAUGAUCAAGAUACCAAGGCAUGAAGUGACUGAAAUCUCCACUACGGAUGUGGAAACCCAGUCUGGGAAGACGGUGAUCAGACUGCCCUCGGGAUCCGGGGCAGUCUCUCCAUCCACAGGCUCUGCUGUGGAUAUCCGGGCAGGUGCCAUUUCUGCUACAGGACCAGAGUUUGAAGGUGCCGGCCACUCAAAAUUCCAGGUCACUGUGCCUGGGAUAAAGGUGGGAAGCCCAGGUGUCAAUGCCAAAGCAAAGGGCUUGGACUUGGGAGGUAAAGGAGGGAUCCAAGUUCCAGGAGUGGACAUCUCGUCUUCUCUUGGGACUGGCUCGGUAGAGGUACAGGGCCCCUCCCUCCAGAGUGGUGAUAUUGGGAAAAUUAAAAUUCCUACCAUGAAGAUGCCAAAAUUUGGUGUGUCAGCAGGCCCAGAUGGCCAGAUACCAGGGGUAGAGCUGAGUGUUUCUGCACCUGAAUUCUCUGUGGGGCACAAGGGUGACAAGCCAGGCUUGACCAUUGGUGGGGACAUCCAGGCCCCUCAUCUGGAAGUCAGUACCUCCUCUGUCAAUAUUGAAGGGCUUGAGGGGAAGCUGAAGGGUCCCCAAAUCACUGGGCCGUCACUUGAGGGUGACUUAGGCCUGAAAGGUACCAAGCUGCAAGGGAACAUAGGAAUGGAUGCCUGUGCUUCGAAACUUGAGGGCAACAUCAGUGGUCCUAGUGUGGAGAUUGAAACUCCUGAUGUCAAUGUUCAUGGCUUAGGGGGCAAAAUGGAUGUGCCCAAGAUGAAAGUCCCUAAAUUCUCUGCAGCAGGUUCAAAAGGAGAGGGAGUUGACAUUGAUGUGACACUGCCCACAGGUGAAGUGACACUUCCCGGGGUCUCUGGGGAUGUCAGUCUUCCUGAGAUUGCUACUGAUGGGCUGGAAGGGAAGAUGAAGGGUGUUAAGGUCAAGACUCCUGAAAUGAUUGUUCAGAAACCUAAGAUCUCCAUGCAGGAUGUAGAUCUGAGCCUUGGGUCCUGUAAACUGAAAGGAGAUAUGAAGGUGUCUGCUCCUGAGGUGAAAGGCAAUAUUAAAGGCCCUCAGGUGGCAGUAAAAGGCUCCAGAGUGGACAUAGAGACACCAAACUUAGAAGGGGCCUUGACAGGUCCCAAGCUCAGCAGCCCUUCUGGAAAAAUGGGGGCCUGUAGGAUUUCUAUGGCAGACGUAGACUUAAAUGUAGCUGCACCAAAAGGGAAAGGGGGUGUAGAUGUCAUGCUUCCCAAAGUAGAAGGGAAAGCCAAAGUCCCUGAAGUUGAUGUCAAAGGCCCCAAAAUGGACAUCAGUGCCCCAGAUGUGGAAGUCCAUGGCCCAGAAGGGAACUUGAAAAUGCCCAAGAUGAAGAUGCCCAAGUUCAGUGUCCCAGGAGUCAAAGGAGAAGGCUCAGAUGUAGAUGUGACUCUAUCCAAAGGAGAUGUCAGUAUUUCAGGGCCUAAGGUCAAUAUAGAAGCCCCAAAUGUCAAUAUGGAGGGUCUAGGUGGCAAACUUAAAGGUCCUGAUAUUAAUCUGCCUGACGUAAGUGUCAAGACUCCAAAUAUUUCUAUGCCUGAUGUGGAUCUGCACAUCAAAGGUGCAAAGGUGAAGGGACAGUAUGACAUUGCAACACCAAAGCUUGAGGCAGAACUGAAAGGCCCCAAAGUGGAUGCUGAUACCCCAGAAGUGGAUGUUCGUGGCCAAGGCCUGAAGAUACCCAAGAUGAAAAUGCCCAAAUUCAGUGUGCCAGGGUUCAAAGCAGAGGGCCCAGGAGUGGAUGUGGACCUGCCCAAGGCAGAUGUGGACAUUUCUGGGCCUAAGGUGGAGGUCAGUGGUCCAGAUGUGAGCCUUGAAGGACCAGAAGGGAAGUUGAAAGGACCUAAGUUUAAGAUGCCUGAAAUGAAUAUCAGAGCUCCAAAGAUCUCCAUGCCAGAUGUGGACUUACACUUAAAAGGCCCCAGUGUAAAGGGAGAAUAUGAUGUCACAGUGCCAAGGGCUGAAGGUGAGAUUAAAGUUCCUGAUGUUGAACUUAAAAGUGCUAAAGUGGACAUUGAUGUCCCAGAUAUGGAUGUUCAAGGUCCUGAAUGGCACAUGAAGAUGCCCAAGAUGAAAAUGCCCAAGCUCCCAGGCUUCAAGGCAGAGAGCCCAGAAGUGGAGGUGAAUCUCCCUAAGGCUGACAUUGAUGUCUCAGGACCCAAGGUGGAUAUCAAAGUUCCAGAUGUGAGCAUUGAAGGACCUGAGGGAAAGCUGAAGGGUCCUAAGGUGAAGAUGCCCGAGAUGAAUAUCAAGGCCCCAAAGAUAGCCGUGCCUGAUGUGGAUUUGCAUAUGAAAGGUCCCAAGGUAAAAGGAGAGUAUGAUGUCACAAUACCAAAGUUGGAAGGAGACUUGAAAGGCCCAAAAGUAGAGGUCAGUGCUCCAGAUGUUGACAUUCAUGGUCCUGAUUGGAACUUGAAAAUGCCAAAGAUUAAAAUGCCCAAAUUCAGCAUGCCCAGUCUUAAAGGAGAAGGCCCAGAGUUGGAUGUGAACAUGUCCAAGGCUGAUGUGGACAUUUCUGUACCAAAGUUAGAUAUUAGUGCUCCAGAUUUGAAUCUUGAGGGACCAGAAGGGAAGCUGAAAGGCCCCAAGUUUAAGAUGCCUGAGAUGCAUUUCAAGUCUCCAAAGGUGUCUCUACCAGAUGUGAACCUGGAUAUCAAAGGACCCAAAAUGAAAGGAAAUAUAGACAUGUCUACACCAAAAAUAGAAGGAGAGAUGAAAGUUUCAGAAGUGGACAUUAAAGGUCCAAAUGUAGAUAUCAAAGCACCAGAUGUGGAGGGUCAAGGUCCAGACUGGAGCCUGAAAAUGCCAAAGAUGAAAAUGCCCAAGUUCAGUAUGCCUACUCUCAAAGGUGAAGGCCCAGAUGUGGAUGUGAGCCUACCUAAGGCUACCAUUGAUGUCUCAGGACCUAAAGUUGACAUUGAAACCUCAGAUGUGAGCCUUGAGGGCCCAGAAGGAAAGCUAAAGGGCCCCAAAUUUAAGAUGCCUGAUAUGCACAUCAAGGCCCCAAAGAUUUCAAUGCCUGAUGUGGACUUAAACUUGAAAGGCCCCAAAGUCAAGGGGGACAUGGAUGUGACUGUACCUAAGGUAGAAGGUGAGAUGAAAGUUCCAGAUGUGGACAUCAAAGGGCCCAAAGUGGACAUUGAUGUCCCAGAUGUGGAUGUUCAUGGGCCAGACUGGCACCUGAAGAUGCCCAAGAUGAAGAUGCCCAAGUUCAGCAUGCCUGGCUUCAAAGCAGAGGGCCCUGAAGUGGAUGCGAACCUGCCAAAGGUUGAUAUUGAUGUCUCAGGGCCCAAGGUGGACAUUGAGGCCCCAGAUGUGAACAUCGAGGGACCAGAAGGGAAACUGAAAGGACCUAAGUUUAAGAUGCCUGACAUGCACUUCAAAGCCCCUAAGGUCUCCAUGCCUGAUGUGGACUUGAAUAUUAAGGGGCCCAAAGGAAAAGCAGAUGUGGAUGUAUCAUUGUCUGAGGUAGAGGGUGAAAUAAAAGUGCCAGAUGUGGACAUUAAAGGGCCCAAAGUUGGCAUUGAUGCUCCAGAUGUUGAAGUUCAUGGCCCAGACUGGCACCUUAAGAUGCCUAAAAUGAAAAUGCCCAAGUUCAGCAUGCCUGGCUUCAAAGGAGAAGGCCCAGAAGUGGACAUCCCUAAGGCCAACAUUGAUGUUUCAGGACCCAAGGUAGACGUUGAUGUUCCAGAUGUGAAUAUUGAAGGUCCAGAUGCAAAACUAAAAGGCUUGAAAUUUAAGAUGCCAGAAAUGAAUAUAAAGCCUCAGAAGAUCUCCAUGCCAGAUGUUAGCUUGAAUUUGAAAGGCCCUAAAGUAAAAGGAGAAUAUGAUGUGUCAGUUCCAAAAGUAGGAGGGGAAAUAAAAGCUCCUGCUGUGGACAUCAAAGGCCCCAAAGUGGAGGCCCCAGAUGUGGAUGUUCAUGGCCCAGACUGGCACCUGAAGAUGCCCAAGGUGAAAAUGCCCAAGUUCAGCAUGCCUGGCUUCAAAGGAGAAGGCCCUGAAGUGGAUGUGAAUCUUCAAAAGGCCAACAUUGAUGUCUCAGGACCCAAGGUAGACGUUGAUGUUCCAGAUGUGAAUAUUGAAGGUCCAGAAGGGAAAUUAAAGGGUCCCAAGUUCAAGAUGCCAAGCAUGAGUAUACAGACACAUAAAAUCUCUAUGCCUGAUGUUAGGCUUAACCUGAAAGGACCUAAACUGAAGAGUGAUGUAGAUGUUUCUCUCCCAAAAGUGGAGGGAGGUUUGAAAGGUCCUGAAGUUGAUGUGGAUGUUGGUGAUAUUGAUAUUGAAUGUCCAGAAGGGAAGCUGAAGGGUUCAAAGUUCAAGAUGCCUGACAUGCACUUCAAGGCUUCUAAGAUCUCCAUGCCUGAUGUGGACUUACACUUGAAAGGCCCCAAAGUCAAAGGGGACAUGGAUGUGACAGUGCCCAAGAUAGAAGGUGAAGUGAAGGUACCAGAUGUGGACAUCAAAGGGCCCAAAAUGGACAUCAGUGCCCCAGAUGUGGAUGUUCAUGGGCCAGACUGGCACCUGAAGAUGCCCAAGAUGAAGAUGCCCAAGUUCAGCAUGCCUGGCUUCAAAGCAGAGGGUCCGGAAGUAGAUGUGAACCUCCCCAAGGCUGACAUUGAUGUCUCAGGGCCCAAGGUGGACAUUGAUACUCCUGACUUGGAUAUUGAGGGACCAGAAGGAAAACUAAAAGGCUCCAAAUUUAAGAUGCCCAAGUUGAACAUCAAGACUCCCAAGAUCUCAAUGCCAGAUGUGGACUUGAAUUUAAAGGGGCCCAAACUGAAAGGACAGAUAGAUGCUUCUGUGCCAGCAGUGGAAGCUGAUCUUAGAGGUGCUCAGGUUGAUGUCAAAGGCCCCAGUGUGGAUGUGGAGGUGCCUGAUGUGGAUCUGGAAUGUCCUGAUGCAAAGUUGAAAGGCCCCAAGUUCAAGAUGCCUGACAUGCACUUCAAGGCUCCUAAGAUCUCCAUGCCUGAUGUGGACUUACACUUGAAAGGCCCCAAAGUCAAGGGGGACAUGGAUGUGACUGUGCCAAAAUUAGAGGGAGAAUUAAAGGGCCCCAGUGUGGAUGUGGAGAUGCCUGAUGUUGAUCUGGAAUGUCCUGAUGCAAAGUUGAAAGGUCCUAAGUUCAAGAUGCCUGACAUGCACUUCAAGGCUCCUAAGAUCUCCAUGCCUGAUGUGGACUUACACUUGAAAGGCCCCAAAGUCAAGGGAGACAUGGAUGUGACUGUGCCCAAGAUAGAAGGUGAAGUGAAGGUACCAGAUGUGGACAUCAAAGGACCUAAAGUGGACAUCAAUGCCCCAGAUGUGGAUGUUCAUGGGCCAGACUGGCACCUGAAGAUGCCCAAGGUGAAAAUGCCCAAGUUCAGCAUGCCUGGCUUCAAAGCAGAGGGCCCAGAAGUAGAUGUGAACCUGCCCAAAGCUGACAUUGAUGUCUCAGGACCAAAGGUGGAUGUUGAAGUUCCUGAUGUGAGCAUUGAAGGGCCAGAAGGGAAGCUGAAGGGCCCCAAGUUCAAGAUGCCUGACAUGCACUUCAAGGCUCCUAAGAUCUCCAUGCCUGAUGUGGACUUACACUUGAAAGGCCCUAAAGUAAAAGGGGACAUGGAUGUGACAGUGCCCAAACUGGAAGGAGAUUUGAAAGGCCCCAGUGUGGAUGUGGAGAUGCCUGAUGUUGAUCUGGAAUGUCCUGAUGCAAAGUUGAAAGGCCCUAAGUUCAAGAUGCCUGACAUGCACUUCAAGGCUCCUAAGAUCUCCAUGCCUGAUGUGGACUUACACUUGAAAAGCCCCAAAGUCAAGGGGGACAUGGAUGUGACUGUGCCAAAAUUAGAGGGAGAAUUAAAGGGCCCCAGUGUUGAUGUGGAGAUGCCUGACGUUGAUCUGGAAUGUCCUGAUGCAAAGUUGAAAGGUCCUAAGUUCAAGAUGCCUGACAUGCACUUCAAGGCUCCUAAGAUCUCCAUGCCUGAUGUUGAUUUCAACUUAAAAGGUCCUAAAGUCAAAGGAGAUGUUGAUGUUUCAGUCCCAAAGCUUGAGGGAGAAUUAAAGGGUGCAGAACUGGAUAUCAAAGGCCCCAAAAUGGAUGUUGACAUACCAGAAGUAGCUGUGGAAGGCCCAGAAGGCAAAUGGAAAAGUCCCAAGUUCAAGAUGCCAGACAUGCACUUUAAAGCUCCCAAAAUCUCCAUGCCAGACGUUGAUCUUCACUUAAAGAGUCCAAAGAUAAAAGGAGAGGUGGAUGUAGAUGUUCCUAAAUUGGAAGGAGACCUCAAAGGACCAAAUGUGGACGUGAGUGGGCCAAAUAUUGAGAUUGAAGGACCAGAGGGCAAAUUGAAAGGCCCGAAGUUCAAGAUGCCUGAAAUGAACAUCAAAGCACCCAAGAUCUCCAUGCCUGACAUCGACUUGCAUCUUAAGGGUCCUAAAGUGAAGGGCGAUGUAGAUGUUUCUCUGCCCAAAGUGGAAGGUGACCUCAAAGGCCCUGAUGUGGACAUCAAAGGGCCCAAAGUGGACAUUGAUGUUCCAGAUGUGGAUGUUCAUGGCCCAGACUGGCACCUGAAGAUGCCCAAGAUGAAGAUGCCCAAGUUCAGCAUGCCUGGCUUCAGAGCAGAGGGCCCAGAAGUGGAUGUGAACCUACCCAAGGCUGAUAUUGAUGUCUCAGGACCCAAAGUGGACAUUGAUGUUCCAGAUGUGAAUAUUGAAGGUCCAGAAGGGAAGUUGAAAGGUCCCAAGUUCAAGUUGCCUGAGAUGAACAUCAAAGCUCCCAAGAUCUCCAUGCCUGAUUUGCAUCUUAAGGGUCCUAAAGUGAAGGGUGAUAUGGAUGUUUCUCUGCCCAAAGUGGAAGGUGACCUCAAAGGCCCUGAUGUGGACAUCAAAGGGCCCAAAGUGGACAUCAGUGCCCCAGAUGUGGAUGUUCAUGGCCCAGACUGGCACCUGAAGAUGCCUAAGAUGAAGAUGCCCAAGUUCAGCAUGCCUGGCUUCAGAGCAGAGGGCCCAGAAGUGGAUGUGAACCUACCCAAGGCUGAUAUUGAUGUCUCAGGACCCAAAGUGGACAUUGAUGUUCCAGAUGUGAAUAUUGAAGGUCCAGAAGGGAAGUUGAAAGGUCCCAAGUUCAAGAUGCCUGAGAUGAAUAUCAAAGCUCCCAAGAUCUCCAUGCCUGACAUCGACUUAAACCUGAAAGGCCCCAAAGUGAAGGGCGAUGUGGAUGUGUCUCUGCCCAAAGUGGAAGGUGACCUCAAAGGCCCUGAUGUGGACAUCAAAGGGCCCAAAGUGGACAUUGAUGUUCCAGAUGUGGAUGUUCAUGGGCCAGACUGGCACCUGAAGAUGCCCAAGGUGAAAAUGCCCAAGUUCAGCAUGCCUGGCUUCAAAGGAGAGGGUCCAGAGGUAGAUGUGAACCUGCCUAAGGCUGACAUUGAUGUCUCAGGGCCCAAAGUGGACAUUGAUGUUCCUGAUGUGAAUAUUGAAGGUCCAGAUGCAAAACUGAAGGGUCCCAAGUUCAAGAUGCCUGAGAUGAACAUCAAAGCUCCUAAGAUCUCCAUGCCUGAUUUGCAUCUUAAGGGUCCUAAAGUGAAGGGUGAUGUGGACGUGUCUCUGCCCAAAGUGGAAGGUGAGAUUAAAGUUCCAGAUGUGGACAUCAAAGGGCCCAAAGUGGACAUCAGUGCCCCAGAUGUGGAUGUUCAUGGCCCAGACUGGCACCUGAAGAUGCCUAAGAUGAAGAUGCCCAAGUUCAGCAUGCCUGGCUUCAGAGCAGAGGGCCCAGAAGUGGAUGUGAACCUACCCAAGGCUGAUAUUGAUGUCUCAGGACCCAAAGUGGACAUUGAUGUUCCAGAUGUGAAUAUUGAAGGUCCAGAAGGGAAGUUGAAAGGUCCCAAGUUCAAGAUGCCUGAGAUGAAUAUCAAAGCUCCCAAGAUCUCCAUGCCUGACAUCGACUUAAACCUGAAAGGCCCCAAAGUGAAGGGCGAUGUGGAUGUGUCUCUGCCCAAAGUAGAAGGUGAGAUGAAAGUUCCAGAUGUGGACAUCAAAGGGCCCAAAGUGGACAUUGAUGUUCCAGAUGUGGAUGUUCAUGGCCCAGACUGGCACCUGAAGAUGCCCAAGAUGAAGAUGCCCAAGUUCAGCAUGCCUGGCUUCAAAGGAGAGGGUCCAGAAGUAGAUGUGAACUUACCCAAAGCUGACAUUGAUGUCUCAGGUCCCAAGGUGGACAUUGAUGUUCCAGAUGUGAAUAUUGAAGGUCCAGAAGGGAAGUUGAAAGGUCCCAAGUUCAAGAUGCCAGAGAUGAACAUCAAAGCUCCCAAGAUCUCCAUGCCUGACAUCGACUUAAACCUGAAAGGCCCCAAAGUGAAGAGUGAUGUGGAUGUGUCUCUGCCCAAAGUGGAAGGUGACCUCAAAGGCCCUGAUGUGGACAUCAAAGGGCCCAAAGUGGACAUUGAUGUUCCAGAUGUGGAUGUUCAUGGCCCAGACUGGCACCUGAAGAUGCCCAAAAUAAAAAUGCCCAAGUUCAGCAUGCCUGGCUUCAAAGGAGAGGGUCCAGAAGUGGAUGUGAACCUACCCAAGGCUGACAUUGAUGUCUCAGGGCCCAAAGUGGACAUUGAUGUUCCUGAUGUAAAUAUUGAAGGUCCAGAUGCAAAACUGAAGGGUCCCAAGUUCAAGAUGCCAGAGAUGAACAUCAAAGCUCCCAAGAUCUCCAUGCCUGAUUUGGACCUUAAUCUUAAAGGCCCCAAACUGAAAGGAGAUGUGGAUGUUUCACUUCCAAAUGUAGAGGGUGAUUUGAAAACAUGUUCUCUUGACAUAAAGGGCCCCAAACUAGAUGUAAAUGCUCCAGAGAUUGACAUUCAUGGUCCUGAAGGCAAAUUAAAAGGUCCCAAACUGAAAAUGCCUGACAUGCAUGUAAACAUGCCCAAGAUCUCCAUGCCAGAAAUUGACUUGAAUUUGAAGGGCUCAAAGGUCAAGGGAGAUGUUGAUAUAUCUGGACCCAAACUGGAGGGUGACAUUAAAACUCCUAAAUUGGAUGUGAAGGGCCCAGAAGUGGACAUUUCUUCUCCUAAGGUCAAUAUUGAUGGGAAAUCAAAAAAAUCUCGUUUUAAGCUUCCUAAAUUUAAUUUUUCUGGGUCCAAAGUUCAGACACCUGAAGUGGAUGUCAAAGUUAAGAAGCCAGAUGUUGAUGUAACAGCUCCAAAAGUUGAUAUUAAUGCUCCAGAAGUUGAAGCCCAAGGGAAAGUGAAAGGAACCAAGUUCAAAAUGCCUUUCCUAAGCAUUUCAUCUCCCAAAGUCUCCAUGCCUGAUGUGGAGCUAAACUUGAAAGGUCCUAAAGUCAAAGGGGACUUAGACGUAGCAAGCCCAAAUUUAGAAGGAGACUUUAAAGGUCCCAAAGUGGAUAUUAAGACACCAGAGGUUCAUCUUGAUACACCUAAUGUGGAUGUUCAUGGUCCAGAGUGGAAUCUGAAGAUGCCCAAGAUGAAAAUGCCCAAGUUCAGUGUGCCUGGCUUCAAAGCAGAAGGGCCUGAUAUGGAUUUACCAAAAGGAGACAUCAAUAUAGAAGGUCCCAGUAUGAAUAUUGAGGGCCCAGAACUCAAUGUGGAAUGUCCAGAAGGAAGCAUAAAAGGUCCCAAGUUCAAGAUGCCUGAGAUGAACAUCAAAGCGCCCAAGAUCUCCAUGCCUGACAUUGACUUAAACCUGAAAAGCCCCAAGGUAAAAGGUGAUGUAGAUGUUACUAUUCCCAAACUUGAAGGUGAUCUUAAAGGCCCAGAGGUUGACAUCAAAGGCCCUAAAGUGGACAUUAAUGUUCCAGAUGUGGAUGUUCAUGGCCCAGACUGGCACCUGAAGAUGCCCAAGGUGAAAAUGCCCAAGUUCAGCAUGCCUGGCUUUAAAGGAGAGGGCCCUGAAGUAGAUGUGAACCUGCCUAAGGCUGACAUUGAUGUCUCAGGGCCCAAGGUGGACAUUGAUGUUCCUGAUGUGAAUAUUGAAGGUCCAGAUGCAAAACUGAAGGGUCCCAAAUUCAAGAUGCCUGAGAUGAACAUCAAAGCUCCCAAGAUCUCCAUGCCUGACUUUGAUUUGAAUCUGAAAGGUCCAAAAUUGAAAGGUGAUGUGGAUGUGUCCUUGCCCAAACUGGAAGGUGAAGUCAAGGGCCCAGGAGUGGAUAUUAUAGGCCCUAAACUAGACAUUGAAGGCCCUGAUGUUAGCAUUGAAGGACCAGAAGGGAAGUUGAAAGGUCCCAAGUUCAAGAUGCCAGAGAUGAACAUCAAAGCUCCCAAGAUCUCCAUGCCUGACAUCGACUUAAACCUGAAAGGCCCCAAAGUGAAGGGCGAUGUGGAUGUGUCUCUGCCCAAAGUGGAAGGUGACCUCAAAGGCCCUGAUGUGGACAUCAAAGGCCCCAAAGUGGACAUUGAUGUUCCAGAUGUGGAUGUUCAUGGCCCAGACUGGCACCUGAAGAUGCCCAAAAUAAAAAUGCCCAAGUUCAGCAUGCCUGGCUUCAAAGGAGAGGGUCCGGAAGUGGAUGUGAACCUACCCAAGGCUGACAUUGAUGUCUCAGGGCCCAAAGUGGACAUUGAUGUUCCUGAUGUAAAUAUUGAAGGUCCAGAUGCAAAACUGAAGGGUCCCAAGUUCAAGAUGCCAGAGAUGAACAUCAAAGCUCCCAAGAUCUCCAUGCCUGAUUUGCAUCUUAAGGGUCCUAAAGUGAAGGGUGAUGUGGACGUGUCUCUGCCCAAAGUGGAAGGUGAGAUUAAAGUUCCAGAUGUGGACAUCAAAGGGCCCAAAGUGGACAUUGAUGUUCCAGAUGUGGAUGUUCAUGGCCCAGACUGGCACCUGAAGAUGCCCAAGAUGAAAAUGCCCAAGUUCAGCAUGCCUGGCUUCAAAGGAGAGGGCCCAGAAGUGGAUGUGAACCUACCCAAGGCUGACAUUGAUGUCUCAGGACCCAAAGUGGACAUUGAUGUUCCUGAUGUGAAUAUUGAAGGUCCAGAAGGGAAGUUGAAAGGUCCCAAGUUCAAGAUGCCUGAGAUGAAUAUCAAAGCUCCCAAGAUCUCCAUGCCUGACAUCGACUUAAACCUGAAAGGCCCCAAAGUGAAGGGCGAUGUGGAUGUGUCUCUGCCCAAAGUGGAAGGUGACCUCAAAGGCCCUGAUGUGGACAUCAAAGGGUCCAAAGUGGACAUUGAUGUUCCAGAUGUGGAUGUUCAUGGCCCAGACUGGCACCUGAAGAUGCCCAAAAUAAAAAUGCCCAAGUUCAGCAUGCCUGGCUUCAAAGGAGAGGGUCCAGAGGUAGAUGUGAACCUGCCUAAGGCUGACAUUGAUGUCUCAGGGCCCAAGGUGGACAUUGAUGUUCCAGAUGUGAAUAUUGAAGGUCCAGAUGCAAAACUGAAGGGUCCCAAGUUCAAGAUGCCUGAGAUGAACAUCAAAGCUCCCAAGAUCUCCAUGCCUGAUUUGCAUCUUAAGGGUCCUAAAGUGAAGGGUGAUGUGGACGUGUCUCUGCCCAAAGUGGAAGGUGAGAUUAAAGUUCCAGAUGUGGACAUCAAAGGGCCCAAAGUGGACAUUGAUGUUCCAGAUGUGGAUGUUCAUGGCCCAGACUGGCACCUGAAGAUGCCCAAGAUGAAGAUGCCCAAGUUCAGCAUGCCUGGCUUCAAAGGAGAGGGUCCAGAAGUGGAUGUGAACCUCCCCAAGGCUGACAUUGAUGUCUCAGGGCCCAAAGUGGACAUUGAUGUUCCUGAAAUUGAUGUUCAUGGACCAGAAGGGAAACUGAAGGGCCCCAAGUUUAAAAUGCCCGAUCUCCACCUCAAGGCACCCAAGAUCUCAAUGCCAGAAGUUGACCUAAAUCUGAAAGGGCCAAAGGUGAAGGGUGAUGUAGAUGUGUCUUUGCCAAAAGUGGAAGGAGACCUCCAAGGCCCUGAAGUUGACAUCAAAGGCCCCAAAGUGGACAUCAGUGCCCCAGAUGUUGAUGUUCAUGGACCAGACUGGCACCUGAAGAUGCCCAAGGUGAAAAUGCCCAAGUUCAGCAUGCCUGGCUUCAGAGCAGAGGGCCCAGAAGUGGAUGUGAACCUACCCAAGGCUGACAUUGAUGUCUCAGGACCCAAGGUGGACAUUGAUGUUCCAGAUAUGAAUAUUGAAGGUCCAGAUGCAAAACUGAAGGGUCCCAAGUUCAAGAUGCCUGAGAUGAACAUCAAAGCUCCCAAGAUCUCCAUGCCUGACAUCGACUUAAACCUGAAAGGCCCCAAAGUGAAGGGCGAUGUGGAUGUGUCUCUGCCCAAAGUGGAAGGUGAGAUUAAAGUUCCAGAUGUGGACAUCAAAGGGCCCAAAGUGGACAUUGAUGUUCCAGAUGUUGAUGUUCAUGGACCAGACUGGCACCUGAAGAUGCCCAAGGUGAAAAUGCCCAAGUUCAGCAUGCCUGGCUUCAAAGGAGAGGGUCCAGAAGUAGAUGUGAACCUUCCCAAGGCUGACAUUGAUGUCUCAGGACCCAAGGUGGACAUUGAUGUUCCAGAUGUCAAUGUUGGAGGGCCAAAUGUGAAAGUGAAGGGUCCCAAGUUCAAGAUGCCAGAGAUGAACAUCAAAGCACCUAAAAUCUCCAUGCCUGACUUUGAUUUGCAUCUGAAAGGUCCUAAAGUGAAGGGAGAUGUGGAUGCUUCCUUGCCUAAAAUAGAGACUGAACUCAAGGGCUCUGGUAUUGAUAUCAAGGGCCCCAGUGUGGAUAUUGACACUCCUGAUGUCAAUAUUGGAGGUCCAGAAGGAAAAUUAAAAGGACCCAAGUUUAAAAUGCCAGACAUGCACAUCAAAGCUCCUAAGAUUUCUAUGCCUGACUUUGACUUAAACCUGAAAGGGCCUAAGGUUAAGGGAGAUGUCGACCUUGCACUCCCUAAGGUUGAAGGUGACCUCAAAGGGCCCGAGAUAGACAUUGAGGGUCCUGAAGGAAAACUCAAAGGUCCCAAAUUUAAGGUUCCAGAUGUCCAUUUCAAAACUCCACAAAUCUCAAUGAGUGACAUUGAUUUAAACAUGAAAGGACCUAAGAUAAAAGGAGAUUUGGACGUUUCUAUUCCAAAACUAGAAGGGGAUUUGAAAACUCCCAAAGUGGAUGUGAAAGGCCCUAACCUGGAAAUUGAUGCUCCUGAAAUUGAUGUUCAUGGCCCAGAAGGGAAACUGAAGGGCCCCAAGUUUAAAAUGCCCGAUCUCCACCUCAAGGCACCCAAGAUCUCAAUGCCAGAAGUUGACCUAAAUCUGAAAGGGCCAAAGGUGAAGGGUGAUGUAGAUGUGUCUUUGCCAAAAGUGGAAGGAGACCUCCAAGGCCCUGAAGUUGACAUCAAAGGCCCCAAAGUGGACAUCAGUGCCCCAGAUGUUGAUGUUCAUGGACCAGACUGGCACCUGAAGAUGCCCAAGGUGAAAAUGCCCAAGUUCAGCAUGCCUGGCUUCAGAGCAGAGGGCCCAGAAGUGGAUGUGAACCUACCCAAGGCUGACAUUGAUGUCUCAGGACCCAAGGUGGACAUUGAAGGCCCUGAUGUUAACAUUGAAGGGCCAGAAGGGAAGUUGAAAGGUCCUAAGUUCAAGAUGCCUGAGAUGAACAUCAAAGCUCCCAAGAUCUCCAUGCCCGACAUCGACUUAAACUUGAAAGGCCCCAAAGUCAAAGGGGACGUGGAUGUGACUGUACCUAAGGUAGAAGGUGAGAUUAAAGUUCCAGAUGUGGACAUCAAAGGGCCCAAAGUGGACAUUGAUGUUCCAGAUGUUGAUGUUCAUGGGCCAGAUUGGCACCUGAAGAUGCCCAAGGUGAAAAUGCCCAAGUUCAGCAUGCCUGGCUUCAAAGGAGAGGGUCCGGAUGUAGAUGUGAACUUACCCAAGGCUGACAUUGAUGUCUCAGGGCCCAAGGUGGACAUUGAUGUUCCAGAUGUCAAUGUUGAGGGUCCAGAUAUGAAAGUGAAGGGUCCCAAGUUCAAGAUGCCUGAGAUUAACAUUAAGGCUCCCAAAAUAUCUAUGCCUGAUGUUGAUCUUGAGUUAAAAGGACCCAAAGUAAAAGGAGACUUUGAUGUGUCUGUUCCUAAGAUUGAAGGUACUCUCAAAGGGCCUGAAAUAGACCUGAAAGGUCCUGGUAUGGAUUUUGAAGGCCCUGAUGCUAAACUUAGUGGCCCUAACUUGAAGAUGCCAUCGAUGGAUGUAUCUGCUCCUAAAGUAGCUGGGCCUGAUGUUAAUCUGCACAUCAAGUCACCAAAAAUUGGCAUUUCUGGGCCUAACUUAGGAGGUGGUGAAGUGGACCUCAAAGGGCCCAAAGUAGAUUUAGACACUCCAAGCUUAGAUGUCCACAUGGAGAGCCCAGAUAUUAAUAUUGAGGGGCCAGAUGUUAAACUUCCAAAGUUUAAGAAACCGAAGUUUGGAUUUGGUGCAAAAAGCCCCAAAGCUGAAAUCAAGGCCCCCUCAGUUGAUGUGACUGUCCCUGAAACAGAGCUGAAUGUUGAGACUCCUGAAAUAAGCGUUGGUGGCAAGAGCAAGAAAAGCAAGUUUAAAAUGCCUAAAAUUCACAUGAGUGGUCCUAAAGUUAAGGCCAAAAAACAGGGAUUUGAUUUGAAUGUUCCUGGAGUUGAGACUGAGGCCAGUCUCAAGACCCCUGAUGUGGAUGUCAGUGUUGCAGGGCCUGAUGCUGCAGUCAAAGCUGACGUAAAAUCUCCUAGAGUCAAGAAAACUAUGUUUGGAAAAAUGUACUUCCCAGAUGUAGAAUUUGACAUUAAGUCACCUAAAUUUAAAGCAGAGGCUCCCCUACCCAGCCCCAAGCUGGAGGGUGAAAUCAAGGCACCUGAAGUAGAUAUUUCUUCACCAGGGAUUAAUGUGGAAGUUCCUGAUAUCCAUGUAAAGGCUCCCAAGUUCAAGAUGCCAGGUGUGGAUGUCUCAGGGCCAAAGAUAGAGGGCAACUUGAAAGGUCCCAAGGUGCAGGCAAACGUGGAUACACCUGACAUCAACAUUGAAGGCCCUGAUGCUAAAAUCAAAGCACCCGCUUUCAGUGUUUCUACUCCUCAAGUCUCCAUACCUGAUGUGAAUGUUAAGUUGAAAGGACCAAAGAUAAAGGGUGAUGCUCCCAGUGUGGGGCUGGAAGGACCUGAUGUAGAUCUGCAAGGUCCAGAAGGAAAAAUCAAGUUCCCUAAGUUCUCAAUGCCCAAGAUCAGUGCUCCUGGUGUGAAAAUGGAAGGUGAGGGCGCUGAGAUCUGUGCCCAGAUUCCUUCUCUUGAAGGAGGCUUGAGUGCGUCAGAUGUUAAGUUUGAAGGGCCUGAUAUUUCUCUAAAAGGCCCAGGAGUCAACUUGCCUUCGGUGGACCUCUCUAUGACAAAAGUUUCUGGGCCUGAUCUUGACCUGAACUUGAAAGGACCAAGUUUGAAGGGAGACCUGGGCAUGUCCAGUCCCAGCAUGAAGCUGCAUGCUCCAGGUCUUGACCUCAAAGGUGUUGGUGGAAAAGUACAGAUAGGAGGAGAUGGUGUGAAAGUGUCAGGGAUUGAUGCUACAACAGCACUUAACGUGGGGGCACCGGAUGUGACACUGAAGGGACCAAGCCUACAGGGAGACCUGGCUGCGUCUGGGGACAUCAAGUGCCCUAAGUUAUCUGUGGGAGCUCCUGAUCUCAGCUUGGAGGCCUCAGAAGGUGGUGUCAAACUUCCCCACAUGAAGCUGCCUCAGUUCAGCAUGUCCACUCCGGGGUCUGACUUGGACAUUAACAUAAAGGGGCCACAAGUUUGUGGAGAACUAAAGGGGCCAGGGAUGGAUGUGAACCUGAAAGGGCCCCAGGUCUCAGCACCAAGCAUGGACUUAAACUUGGAAGGACCAAAAGUGAAGGGGAGCCUUGGUGACUUGAAAGGCCCAGCAGUUGGGGGAAGUCUUUCAGGUAUCAGUGUUCAAGGACUAGAAGGAAACCUUCAAAUGCCUGGAGUUAAGGCUUCUGGGUGUGAUGUGAAACUCCCAACAGGGCAGAUUUCUGGUCCUGAAAUUAAAGGAGAUCUGAAAGGUUCAGGAAUAGGUCUCCAUGGGACUGUUCCUGAUGUCAGCGUCAAGGGGCCUUCCUUUAAUGUGGCAUCUUCUGAGUCAGAUUUUGGUGUCAGCUUGAAGGGCCCCAAAGUCAAAGGAGGUGUAGAUGUUUUAGGAGGUGUCAGUGUUCCAGAUAUCAACCUGGGAGAAGGACAUAUGAGUGUCAAAGGCCCUGGAGUUGAGUUGAAGGGACCCCAAGUCUCCUCCUCUCUCAACUUGGAUACAUCUAAACUUGCUGGGAACCUUCAUUUCUCAGGACCAAAGAUAGAAGGAGAUGUCAAAGGAAGCCAGAUUGGACUCCAGGGUCCUGGGAUGAGUGUGUCUGGGCCUCAAGGUCACUUGGAAAGUGGAUCUGGAAAAGUAACAUUCCCCAAGAUGAAGAUCCCUAAAUUUACCUUCUCUGGCCGUGAGCUGGUUGGUCGAGAAGUAGGGGUGGAUGUCAAUUUCCCUAAAGUGGAGGCCAAUGUGCAAGCUGGUGCCGGAGAAGGCGAGUGGGAAGAGUCUGAAGUCAAACUUAAAAAAUCCAAAAUCAAAAUGCCCAAAUUUAAUUUUUCCAAAGCUAAAGGGAAAGGUGGUGUCACUAGCUCACCAGAAGCAUCCAUUUCUGGGUCCAAAGGGGACCUGAAGAGCUCAAAGGCCAGCUUGGGCUCUCUAGACGGAGAAGCAGAAGCUGAAGCAUCUUCACCCAAAGGCAAAUUCUCCUUAUUUAAAAGUAAGAAGCCAAGACACCGCUCCAACUCCUUCAGUGAUGAGAGGGAGUUCUCUGCACCUUCCACCCCGACUGGGACUUUGGAGUUUGCAGGUGGAGAAGCUAAAGGCAAACAUGGGAAACUGAAGUUCGGUACCUUUGGUGGGUUGGGGUCAAAGAGCAAAGGUCAUUAUGAGGUGACAGGAAGUGAUGAUGAGGCAGGCAAGUUACAAGGGAGUGGAGUGUCCUUGGCCUCAAAGAAGUCCCGACUGUCUUCCUCCUCUAGCAACGACAGUGGGACUAAGGUUGGCAUCCAGCUUCCUGAGGUAGAGCUAUCAAUUUCCACAAAGAAAGAGUAGUGUGCCCUGUAUGUGUGUACAUAUAUAUAAAUGCAUCAGCCUUGGGUGUGUUUGUAUAUAAACUCCAAAGAGAAACACCCCAACAGCCUCAGCAAUGAUGCAAGGAUCUUGCCUCUGCCAGUGGCAGGUGCGGACAAACCAAGUGCCUCUAGGCCCCUGGGACUCUGCAGCUAGGUAAAGAGUUCGAAGUUCAUCCAGCCCAUGUGCAAAGUCAAUAGUAUUUGCCUUAAGAUUUAAGUUUUUUUUUUUUUUUUUUUUCUUUUGCAUUGAACGCUGAGAGCUCGUGUUUACUAAGCAAGCUUUUAUGUUUAUCAUCCUUAUUUUUACUGAACAUUGUUAGUACCUGGGUAAUGAAAACCCACUUUUUUUUUCAUUGUAAUAAUUUUGGGGGCUUUUGUGAGCAAGGGAGAGUGGGAUAAAAGGUGGCAGAGCGGGCCAGGUCUUCAUUGCUCUGGUUAGACCUGUACAAACAGCGACACCCUGGCAUGGCCCUGAGAAGGUGGCAUGUCUCAGCAGUUGGGUGUUUCUUAGUCUCGGGAGCAUGACUUUCUAUCCCCAGGUAUGCUAGUCCCAGCCUAGCGUGGUGUUCAAGGUAAGAGGGAAUUUGAAUCUGUUUGCAAAUUGUCCAACCCACCAGGUCAAUGUGAGGGGCUUCCACUCUGGGUUUGGUAAGAAAAGUGUUCAUUCAUGACUUUCUUGUCCUGGGAAAACUUCUGAUUUCUUUUAACAAAUGUCAUCAUGAUUAAGGAAAUGUAUGGCACUUUAAUGGCAAAUGAAUUGAGAAUGUAAGAAAGUUGAUGCUGUACAAGGCAAAUAAAUCUCUUUAUUAACCCUGA